UUCACUUUAAUUUCUAAAAAUCAGUCGCGAUCAUCGAUGAGGGUUUCUACUCGGCAGGCAGCAAGCUGUGAGCUGGAACCAUGGCGAGACCUCAGAGGGACGAUCGUCUUGGUAACUGGUGCAUCCUCCGGCAUAGGCUGGGAAUUCUGUAUCGACUUAGCCAAAGCCGGUUGCAGGAUUAUUGCUGCUGCCCGCCGAACAGACCGGCUCAAGGCUCUGUGCGAUGCAAUUAACAAUCUGAAUAUCGCUGGUACUCAUCGGAGUCAAGGCAGGGACAACGACGUCCAAGCAGUGGCGGUGGAGCUCGACGUCAGCGCCGAUGGUCCUACCAUCAAAGCCUCUGUGCUAAAGGCUUGGGAUGCUUUUGGCCGUAUCGAUGCUCUUAUCAAUAACGCCGGUAUUAGAGGUCCUGUAAGAAAUCCCUUAAACUUGUCAGAAGAAGAUUGGGAUACAACUUUUAGAACAAAUUUAACAGGAUCUUGGUUGGUGUCAAAGUAUGUUGGUCUACAAAUGGUUGCUAAUAAUCAAGGAGGAUCCAUAAUCAACAUCUCUUCUACUGCUGGUCUUACACGUGGUCAUCUACCUGGUGCUCUUGCAUAUGCUUCUUCCAAAUCUGCCCUUAACACCAUGACAAAGGUAAUGUCAAUGGAAUUGGGAAGCUACAAAAUAAGGGUAAACUCCAUAUCUCCAGGGAUUUUCAAAUCUGAAAUUACAGAGCAACUUCUGCAAAAGAAAUGGCUGAAAAAUGUGGUUGCAAAAACAAUGCCAUUGAGAGAAUUGGGUGUUACUGACCCAGGUUUGACUUCCUUGGUCAAGUAUUUAAUUCAUGCUUCCUCAGAUUAUGUCACAGAAGACCUCUGA